UGGAAACUAAAGAUACCCUUAUAUUCGAUUAGGGUUAGGGCUUAGUGAAGCUAUGGCGAGCCCGCUGCUCUAUCACGAGACGCAGGAAUCCAAGCUGUGCGCCGUGCACUGCCUCAAUGCGGUGCUCCAGGGCCCCUACUUCUCGGAGCUGGAGCUGGCGGCCAUCGCGCGCGACCUCGACCAGAGCGAGCGCGACGUGAUGCUCGAGAGCGGCGGCGGCGACGCCCACUCCCCCGACUACCUCCGCUUCGUCUCCGAGGCCUCCUCCAACGUUGCCCUCGACGGCAACUUCAGCAUCCAGGUCCUCCAGCGCGCGCUCGCCGCGCUCGAUCUCAAGUGCCUCCCUCUCACUUCCCCCGAACUCGCCACCGCCACCACCGAGAUCGCCGCUUACAUCUGCAACCUCCACGAUCACUGGUUCGCGCUCCGCCGGAUUGGAGCCCAGUGGUACAACUUCAACAGCCUCUUGCCGGCUCCCCAGCACCUCUCCAGCUUCUACGCCUCGGCCUUCCUCGACUCGCUCAAGAACGAGGGAUGGAGCAUCUUCGCCGUGCAGGGCGAGCUCCCCCGGGACUUCAAUGCGGCCGGAGCUUCUUCCCCGGAUGAUGGGAGUUUUGGACGAUGGUUCACUCCCCAGGAAGCCCAGCAGGCGCUCGAGCUGGCCGCCAGUCAGGAGAGCCAGAAGGCCGCCGCGGAGGAGUCGGAUCCGAUGCUGGAGGCCGCCAUCAAAGCUAGCUUGAAAGAUCUUGACGAGCCGGAUGGGACGAAGACGACGACGACGACGACGAUUCCGACGAGAGAGGACGAUGUGGAAGUUGAUGAAUCAGAGCUGGCUGCAGCCAUUGCCGCGAGCUUGGCCGACGUGAAGCCGCCACCUAUAUGAAGUUCAUUAUUGUCUAUGUAAAGAAGAAGCGAUUACUUACACUAUAGCAGAACCGCUCUAAACAUUUCCA